AUGCGAGCUUUUGGGUUAUGGGAGGUUUGUGCGGCGAAGAACGUUUAUUAGGCAGCGGGAAGAAGAGAAACGGAGGAAGAAGUUGCAAAGGCGAAGUGGCGGUAGUGGUGAAUACUGCUAAGUAUGGAGUGCUGCGUAGCCCAAGCGGUCGGGAGGCGCGGAGGCGGACGCGAAAGAGAUGGUGGGGCAGCCUUUCACCACCUUACCAGGUUUCCGAUCGAUCGAUGGAGAUCCGCAAAUCUAUCGGUGUACCGCGAUCGCGUGGGUGUCCUGUAUCACAGCUCUAAUGAACCCUCGUCUUGAAAAUUAAUUUCAGAAAUGUAUAUGGAGAGACAAGCCGCGCGACCUAAA